AUGUCUUAUCCCGGAUACAAUUUUUCCUCUCAGCAUCAGGGACCUGGGCGAAGCCAAACCUCCAAUUCCUCUUACACCGCGAGACAGCCUGCCUCGAACAACCCGUCGUCUGCUGCCCCGAUCUCGAGCUGGCAUAACGCAGAGCCCGUAUACUCCCAGUAUGGAUGGCAAGGGCAGAAUUCUUCUCUAAACAGGCAGCCGUCCAACUCUUCAAACACUGGAAACAGUUACUCAGCCAGCAAUGAACCUCAUAAACGUCCCCAGGCUUAUUCCCAGUCAACCCCGUACCAGAGCUCGCAAUCAGCCCUGGAUCAGCCACGCAUGUCGCUUGGUCCUUCUACAGAUAAUCCAUAUAAUAACGCAAGAGUUGGGUCAGGCACUCCGAGCCAAACGGACUCUUCCGUCAACACGAAUCUUUACUAUCACCAAAAAGCUCAGAUUCGAAUCCCUUCCUCAGAUGCAGCGCCAUCUUAUCAACCGAGUCAGUCCUCCUUAGAUCCCAUGGAUCGUCCAAGUUAUGCGCAACGGUCAAGAACGGCUGCUGCAAGUGCUAUGACAGCUCUAUCUUCCUCCGUCCCCAAUAAACGCUUUUCACCACAUGCUCCAAUCGCGUCGUCGACAGUAUACUCCAGUCAGUCUCACACCUACAUCCCAACUGUUCCUGAUACAUCCCCGGCGAACAACAGGAGUCCGCCCAAGUAUUCAUCUAAUCCAGGGUUGGGGACGCGUCAAACAGUUACCCAUCAGGCCUCAAAUACAACGCAACCUCCUGCAGUCCAUAUAGGACAGGGACAAGAUACUUCUCAUCCACCGCCCCAAACACCAUAUCAUUCCCCAAUCCCCCCCUCUCAACGAUCCCGGAGUAUGCUUCCGCAAGACCUCACGCCUUCUGGCCGGACAAGCCGGUCAGCCGCCACAGCUCCACCGCCCAGUCAUGGCCCCGCGCAUAAUACUACACAGUCAGAACCGGCUUAUUCAUCAAAUAUUAAAGGAUCACAGUCAACUAUUACGCGCGACGAUAGUGCUAUGCACCAGUAUUCCAACCCAGAAACUCGGAACCAACACACACAGAGUGAUAACCUUGGAACGGAAAGGAGCGGCGCCGUCCCUACUCAAUCUCCUUUGCAAUCGUCACUACCAACCUUUGUGGACCCUAGCAAAAUAUAUGAUCCUUAUCAUGAUUAUGAGCGAGCGCGCGCAGCGUACAAUCAAAGCACCCAGACUCGACAGCCGGCCCAAGCUACACCAGCAGAGUCGUCUCAAAAUACAACUGUUAAACAGGCACUUGUUGCAGCCCUAGCUAGCAACUCGUCACAGUCUCCAUUGCAAACUGGAAAAGAAGAAACGGCACCAGUCGUGCAAGAUGCUAGCAAUCCCACGACAGGUCCACAAGGCCGUGGUAUCAAGAAAGUAAACAAUUCCAAUAAACCUGGUCCAAAGCGGAAACGACCAUUGCCUCCAAGUUCAACAUCAAUGGAACAUGAGAAUAGAAAAGGGGCACAAGAAAAGCCAAAGAAUACUCCCAAGAAGAGGGGCCGGCCUCGUAAAGCACUUUCUAACGCUGUAACUAAAGAAGUGCAAAUUAAUCCUCCUCAGACUACUGCAGAUCCCAAUCCACAUUCUCUCGAUGCAGAGCCUUCUCUAGGGAGCUCUAUGGAAGAAUCUAUGGCUUCAGAAAUGAGGCUGAUGAUUGAAAAGAUGAGGGAAUGGAGGUCUAAAGACCCUUCAUUAUUUGCAAAACUGUGGGAGGAUGUGAAGAAGGCGCCUGUUUCAGCAAACAGUCAAUCCCCUUCCAAUUUUCAGGCACCUGCUACCCAACCCGUAUCAAAACCAAACGAAACGGUAGCGGUGAGUGACAAACCACCUGUCCAGACUUCAGUGGGGCCGCAAGCAGCUGUUGCAGACACGGAAAACCUGUCGGACCUUGGAAAUUUUCCAGCUGCACGAAGGAAACGGACAGCCAAAGCGCGCCUCACCAGUAGCGACAUUGUUGCUGAAGAUGCGGCCAGAAUAGCUUCUAGCAAAGCCACUAGCGAGACUGUCGUCGAGGUCACCCAGAAGGAUGAACCCGUCCAAUCCACCGCCACUCCUGCUGCCGUAUCAGAGGAAGUGCAGAAAGCGCCAGGAAGUACUCAAGCAGAUCCACAGCCUCAAUCCGCGCCAAAGGUGGCCAAAAAAUCAAACAUUUGGCCACUCUCAAAACGCCAAGCACUUGCAGAAGCAGCAUGCAGUUACAUCACAGGCCACUUGAUUAACCAGGACCCAUCAUACACUCAACUUUGCGAGAUGGUUGAACAGAAAGGAUUCUCUAUCAACCGUGUUCACUUUGCGAAGCACCUUCUCAAGGCAGUCCCAGACCUGGCAGGUGGCUCCCAACCGAAGACUACAGGGCCUACCGCUGCAGGCCAACAUCCACCUCCUGCAGGGCGCUCCAAGACCAGCUUUCACACCUUUUGUGGCGCCACUAGCCACCCACCAUUGCUAGCACAAAAUUUACCGGCAAUGCCUCCCCCGGCAAUCCACCCAGGCAACAGGGCUCAAAUGGCUCCUCCACCUAUGUUUCCCCAGCUUGCGGGUUCUCCAGCGCCACUACACCAGAACGCACCUGCCACAUCCCAGGGCCCAAACCGACCGGACCUCUUCCAGAAUCCAUCAACGGGCGCACCACACACCACAACCCUCUUAACUCUCCCUCAGCCACCUCAAAUGGUUAACCUACCGCCGCCAAACUCUUCUACAACUCCGCUCCCUCUAGCAGCUCUGGCCCCAGACGCUGGACCCCAUUCUAGAUUAUUCCCUCCUCUUCCACCCGUCACGAGACUCAUUCCUUUCCCACCUAAAGGACAAAAUCCAUCCAGCAACGGCCCUCGACCCAACUUGUCAAAAAUGGUAUUCUACCAAGCACCAGCCGGGCAAGCACCGCCAAAUCGGCAUAUUACAUUCUCGUCUUUUAAUUCUAACCGAUCCUUAGCCAACAAUAAACCUAAGCCGCGAACAAUCGUUCCUAUACCGCACACUCAGGAGCCACCCCCGGGGUCGAAAGAAGCACAAGCGAAAAAGCGCAAGUUUUCUGAAAUUGUGGACCUGGCGCAAGCAUCGAGUGAUGAAGAUAUGGCAGAUGUCGAACUCACUAGCAAAAUGCCCUUUUCGGAUGACCCCAAAACCGCAGCUCCCAGCAGCCCAGCAACGGCUCCAUUACCAACUAUGGAUUUGUCCCAAGUUCAAGCUCGUUGA